AUGAAUCCGUCUCCUCAAUUUUCCGCUCCUGUCUCAAUCCCUGACUCGCCCUCUGAGGGCAAGCAGGAGCACUAUCCUAACGCUCUUAGUCAAGACCCCCAGGUCCAUGAGUGCGGAAAAGCAGAACAUCAACAGCAUCACAGCUACCAACAACUUCACACACACACAAAACAAUCAACACCAAUCCCCAUCAUCAUGUAUCCUUCCAUUGGUUUCACCCCUGAGUCUUCGGCUCCCACUUCACCCACCGAGACUACUCACGGCUACUUCCCUUCUCUCAUCCACGCCGAGUUUGGUCCCCAGCCUAUUCAGUGCCCCCACAGCACUCGAUGCGAGUGCACCGGCUGCAGCGGUUGCAAGAACGAGAUUUCUAACUGGAGUACCAUGCAGUGCUCUAACUGCAACAUUAACUGCCCUGCCUAA